AUGUUUUCGCCACCCUCUUCGCCUUCGGUACUGGCCAGCACCUCGAGGCACAACAUCAUCCCAGCCCAGCCCCACCGUCAACUACGGCAACAAAAGUCGCUCCGACUGUUCCUCGGCCAUCAAUCAGACGAAGAGGCCGCCACGUCCGAGUGCGAUUUUGACUCAACAUGCUACGACCAGCAUCAUGAUGAUGACAGCGACAGUGACGGCAGUGUUUUUGGCCCGGAAAGUGGAUCUAGAUCCAGACUUCAACCAGGACGGCUCCCAAUGGGAAGGACUGCGUUCGACGAAAUCGAAAGUCCCUCGCGGAGGGAACUGUCUCAUCGUGCCUAUGACGAAGACGAAGCAGGUCUAUUUAGGAUGUCGUCCCCCUCACAGCGACCCUUGAAGCGAUCACAAUCAGUAAAGAGCCCCAAGAAGACUGCCAUAGCUACAAAGCACCAAUCGGCGGUAUCCGCAGCAAUUCCGACGACUCCUUCCAAGCGACAAAAGGGCUUCCUGAUCCGCGGCAACGUCACCCCUUCACGGGCGUUUAGCAUCUUUGCGGCUGCCAAACAGCGCAGCAAUCAGCGACAGCAGCAUGGGCUCAUGACGCCACCGACAUCUUCACCCUUGCGCCCUAUCAUUCUAGACAGCUUCGACCACGAGCACGACGAUGAUGUCGACUGCAGCCGCUCUCGCUCCCGUGCGAGGCGAAGUAACGGCUUUGUUUCUCCAUUGUCGUCUGACCGCUCUCGAUCAAAGCCAUAUACCCUCACGCAGGGCAGCCAAGGUCGAUCGGCUUUCUCUUCGCCUACUACACCUCGCACAUACCAACCUUCAGCAUUCGGACCCGGGCACAGCACGAGACCUUCUUUACAACACACUUUGCAUGGCCUGCGCACGCGACAAAGUCAACUCGGGGGCAAUGGUGCCUUUCCAGCACCACGCGCGCUCCCUGCGGCCCGCGCUCCGACCUUCGACACCACUUCGUUCCUCGAGACCUUCGUAUCGCCCUCUUCUUGCGUCCACCAGAUUCCUCGCAGCGCAGAUGAUGAGAUCUUGUCGCAUCCCAUCUGCGCUGCUUACAGCUAUUCUUCGCGUUCGGUCAACCCCUCGGCGCAAUGGCUUGCAGUGGGCGACGACGAGGGACGUAUCACGCUGCUCAACACUCUUCCGUGGCAAGAUGCCUCGGCUGAAUCCUACAGCGCCAAUCCGCAGUGGCAAGCUUCGUCCUCCUCGGCCAUCUUUGAGUUGGCGUGGAGAUUCGAUGAUCGAAGCAUUCUUUCCGGUGCAAGCGACUUUUCGAUCCGCAGCUGGGACACCGAGUACCAGAAGUGCACGGGAAGAUUUCAAGGCCACCGAGGCAGCCCGAGAACGAUUGUGUACGACCCGACCACCAACGGCGAUGGAGCAUGUGGCAUGGUUUUCGCCAGUGCUGGAAGAGACGGCACGAUUCGCAUUUGGGAUGCCAGGAUCAGCUCGCGCUCAGACACGAUAGACGAAGACGACGAGGACGACGGCGUUGGCAUCACACCGGUACUGACCAUCGAUGCUGCCCAUAGCACCCUUCCUCCAGCUCCGACAGCUGGCGUCGUUAAGGGUCGCAAGCAGGUGCGCAAUGGCACUGUCACCGGGGCAAGAGGUAGGAAACGUCUCCACACGCAACCUUUGCCCGCUGGCAUCACCGCUCUUUCCUAUCUUCCCGAUGGUCAGGGCCACAAGCUGCUCAGCGGAGGCUCUGCGAACGGCAUCAUCAAGUGUUGGGACCUUCGUCACGUGCGUCGAUCCCAUCCUUCUGACCCGGUGUCCGAGGUAGACACGCAGGAAGCGCUCGAGCCUCCCAUCACCUCUCUAUGGGAUACACCCGACAUCUCUCUCCUCGCGCCCGCAGGCAGCUUCGCCAGGGCCCACGGCGUCUCGCAGAUCAUCUCGUCUACCAUUAGCCUGUACGCUUCCUGCACAGGCGGCAAGAUCUAUUCGCUACCCCUUUCCGCAUUUCUCGAUUCGGGUCUUGUUCGCAGCGAGGUGCAGACGCUUUACGACCCGGUGCAGUGUCAGAACACCUUGUUCUCGCGUAUGGCGCUCUUUGACGAUCGCUUCCUCGCCGUAGGGUGCAACACUGGAAACGUGGCACUGUGGGAUGUCACCGCUUCGAGGACGUCGAGGCAGGGUGGUGAGGAUGCGAUGGCAGGAGAUGUAGAGGAGGAGAGGAGGGUAGCAAGGCAGAUGGAUUACGGCUUUGCGGCCGGCUCGCAGCAGCGCGGCAUGGCGGUUUUGACUGAAGGACAUACCAAGAAUACAGAGGUCAACGCGGUAGCCUGGGCGAACGGGCCUCACGGCCCGACUCUGAGCUCGGUCGGCGACGAUACCAAGAUUCGCACUUGGUUCGCUGAUCGCACGGCUCGGAAUGGUAUCGUCCAAGCUGCCGACGAGUGA